CGGAGAAGCUCUACGAGCGUUGAGGCGGUCUCCUCGCAAGAUGAUCAGCGAUGCUUUGAUGUCUAAACUUGCUCAGAGAGGUGCGUCCUCUAUGAUGGGGAAAGGAAUGGAGGUGACUGGUGACAAAGAUUUUGAAGAGACCUCCAAACCCCGAACUGUUGCACCUAGUCACUCGGUAGAACUCAUAGAGGAGUCCUCUGGAAAGGUUGAGCCUGAAGUACCCGUUCGUGUAACUCGUCGGCGUUCUGGGAAGGAAAUAGUAGAUGACACUCCUGUUGUGCAUAAGAAAAUAAGAUUGGUUAAGAAGUCGAGUGGUGGAGAAGUGUUGAAGCCUCAUCAAGGCUUGGUGGAACCUGAGAAGUCAGCUGAGGACGAAGUGUAUUCUAUUGCUAAGACGGCUUCCGUUGCUAAGGAUCGCCUCGAUCAGUUUAUACUGGAGUUUGAUCGGCUAGUUGCCCUGAGUGCUAGAGGAUGUGCGGAGGCUGAGCUUGCUCACCUUCGUCUCGAUGCUGCCGAUGCUGUGCGGCUUAAGGGAGAAGCUGAGAGGCGAUUGGCCAGUCUUGCCAAAAAGCAUGAUGAUUCAGCCAAGCUAGUGUCUAAGUUGCAGGAGCAGGUUGAGGAGCUGUCCACUGACAAGGAGUCUUUGAAUUCUCUGGUAGCUUCCUUCCAUUCCAUGGAAGCUGAUCAUAGAGCUGCUGUGGCCAAGCUUAACUUGGAGCACACUGCUGUUCUUGAAGAGUUGAAGCAGGAGAAGCGAGUGCUUGAGGAGGAAUUGGCCGAAGUGAGGGAUGCUUUGGAGAAGAGUUCGACUGAAGCCUUCAAGGCCUUAGAGAGUGGAUACAAUCUUUGUUGGAAUCGAGUUUCCGAAGCUGGGCUGGAUGUGAGCGCUCACACCUUUGAUCACCACUGCGCAGACGUUGCCCGGAGUCGUGGAGGAGAUGCCUGUUCUGCUAAGGGUGCUGGCUCGGCCUCUUGACUUAUCUCUGUUUUCUGUUUAUCAUGCCUGGGGAAUGCCCUAUAGGCUUUAUGUAUUUAACUUUAUCGUACCUUAUUACUUGCUUGGAUGUUGCUGGUUUGGAUGUUUGUUGCCGUUAUAUCGGCCGAAUCUGUUUGGAACCUUUGCUGCCUGUCGGCGCAAGUUAUGUGUAUUUUGGG